CCAACAACUGUUCCAGUAGAUUCGGAGCUCGUCUACAGAACCCAUACAGCACCGCCCAGUAGAACAACAUUUGGAAUAGAUGUACUUCUCAACCAAUCGUAGCGCAAUAUGGAGAGUAUUUCCUGCCUUUUUAACAAAUCAGAAAUAGAUACACAAAAAAAAUCCAAACUUGAACAUGUCAGCAAAACAGAGGGGGAGGGGAUCAACUGAUAGCUGCAGUCAUAUUUGAAGCUCAAAUUAUGAUCUGAGGUUUCUAAAUCGAUUAUUUUCCCAAGAAAAAGCAGUCAAACCGUUUCAGAGAGUACAUGUCCACACCCACGGACCCAUCUGGUGGAAUGUCCCACCCUGGACCAUCCCCAGGCCCAGGACUGUCCCCGGGUCCCAUCCUGGGAUCCAGCCCUGGUCCAGGCCCCUCUCCUGGGUCAGUGCACAGCAUGAUGGGCCCCAGCCCGGGGCCUCCCAGUGGGCCCCACAGCAUACAGGGCCAGGGGCCCGGAGAUUACCCUCAGGAAGGCAUGCAUCAGAUGCAUAAGCCCAUGGAGGGCAUGCUCGAGAAAGUGCCUAUGGCUGACGAAAUGCACUUUGGCCAGAUGAAGAACGUGGGGAUGAGGACUCUGCACAGUGGCAUGGGCCCCCCCCAGAGCCCCAUGGAGCAGCACAGCCAAGGGUACAUAUCCCCUCACCCCUCUCCUAUGGGUGUCCCCGAGCAUGCCUCCAGCCCCAUGUCCAGCGUGGGCCCCACCGCUCCCCAGAUGCCCCCUGCCCAGCCGGGCCCCAUGAUGCCCAUGGACCCGCAGGCGAUGGGGCAGCCGGGCCGCGGGCCGUCCUCCUUCAGCCCUGUGCAGCUGCAGCAGCUCCGUGCUCAGAUCCUGGCCUACAAGAUCCUGGGCCGUGGGCAGCCACUGCCCGAAAACCUGCAGCUGGCGGUGCAGGGCAAGAGGAGUCUGCCCACCAUGCAGCAGCCGUCUGUCAACACUGGGCCUUACAGCCGGCCACCAGGUAUGCCGAUGCCUCCUAUUAGUGGACCUUCCCCAGGGCCGUGCCCGGCGCCUGCCAUGCAAGGACACGCUCAAAGUCCUGCACCAAAACCCUGGACAGAGGGCCAGGGUGCUGGCGAACCCUCCGCCAUCCCGCAGAAGCACCCGAUGCCCACCCCCAGUGGCCGUCCGUCCCCAGCGCCGCCUGCCGCCCAGCAGCAGACGCCCCAGCCCAUGGUCGGCCCGUUGGGAGGGCAACAGCAGCAUCAGCACCAACACCAGCAUCAGCACCCCCAGCCGCAGCAGCCACAGCUGCCCCACCAGCCCUCCACCCAGCAUCAUCAGCAGCAAGCCCUCCAGCAGCAGCAGCAAGCUGGUCAGCCCUCGCUCAUCAUCCAGCUGCAGCAGAAGCAGAACCGCAUCACGCCCAUCCAGAAGCCCCAGGGGCUGGACCCUGUGGAGAUCCUGCAGGAGCGCGAGUACAGACUGCAGGCCAGGAUUGCUCACCGCAUCCAGGAGCUGGAGAACCUGCCGGGCUCUCUUCCUCCAGACCUGCGCACCAAAGCAACUGUGGAGCUAAAGGCCCUCAGGCUGCUCAACUUCCAGCGCCAGCUGAGGCAGGACGUGGUGGCCUGCAUGCGGCGGGACACCACGCUGGAGACGGCGCUCAACUCCAAGGCCUACAAGCGCAGCAAGAGGCAGACGCUGAGGGAGGCGCGCAUGACAGAGAAGCUGGAGAAGCAGCAGAAGAUCGAGCUGGAGAGGAAGCGCCGGCAGAAGCACCAGGAGUAUUUGAACAGUAUUCUGCAACAUGCCAAGGACUUCAAAGAGUACCACAGGUCCAUUUCUGGAAAGAUCCAGAAGCUCUCCAAGGCCGUGGCCACAUGGCACACCAACACGGAGCGCGAGCAGAAGAAGGAGACGGAGCGGAUCGAGAAGGAGAGAAUGAGGAGGCUGAUGGCGGAGGAUGAGGAAGGCUACCGGAAGCUGAUUGACCAGAAGAAGGACAAACGCCUGGCCUACCUGCUGCAGCAGACGGACGAGUACGUGGCCAACCUCACCAGCUUGGUGUACGAGCACAAGGCCGCCCAGGCCGCCAAGGAGAAGAAGAAAAAGAAGAAGAAGAAGAAGUUGCAGAAAUUGGAGGGCGAUGCUGAAGGGCUUGGAGCCAUCGGUCCAGAUGGAGAGCCAAUGGACGAGAGCAGUCAGAUGAGCGAGCUGCCCGUCAAGGUGAUCCAGACGGAGACGGGCAAAGUCCUGCAGGGCACCGACGCCCCCAAGUCCAGUCAGCUGGAGGCCUGGCUAGAGAUGAACCCAGGCUAUGAAGUGGCUCCGCGCUCCGACAGUGAGGAGAGCGGCUCGGAGUUUGAGGAAGAGGACGAGGACGAGGCCACGUCACACCCGGACACGGAGGAGAAGAAAUCCACUGACUCCGAUACCGAGAAGGCGGCCCAGCACAUCAUUGAGUCGGCGAAACAGGAUGUGGAUGACGAGUACAGUGCGGAGGCGGGCUCCGAGAGCACCCACUCCUACUACGGCGUGGCCCACGCCGUCAUUGAGAGGGUGGAGAAGCAGUCCACCCUACUUGUCAAUGGCAGCCUGAAACAUUAUCAGGUUCAGGGCCUGGAGUGGAUGGUGUCCUUGUACAACAACAACCUGAACGGCAUCCUGGCUGACGAGAUGGGCCUGGGGAAGACCAUCCAGACCAUCGCCCUCAUCACCUACCUGAUGGAGCACAAGAGGCUCAACGGGCCCUACCUGAUCAUCGUGCCUCUCUCAACUCUCUCCAACUGGGUGUAUGAGCUCGACAAGUGGGCGCCCUCCAUUGUCAAGAUUGCAUACAAGGGCACGCCGGGCAUGCGCCGAUCGCUGGUGCCUCAGCUGCGCAGCGGCAAGUUCAACGUGCUCAUCACCACCUAUGAGUACAUCAUCAAGGACAAGCACAUCCUGGCCAAGAUCCGCUGGAAAUACAUGAUCGUGGACGAGGGCCACCGCAUGAAGAACCACCACUGCAAGCUGACGCAGGUGCUCAACACGCACUAUGUGGCACCGCGGCGCCUCCUGCUCACAGGCACGCCGCUGCAGAACAAGCUGCCCGAGCUGUGGGCGCUACUCAACUUCCUGCUGCCCACCAUCUUCAAGAGCUGCAGCACCUUCGAGCAGUGGUUCAACGCGCCCUUCGCCAUGACCGGAGAGCGGGUGGAUCUGAAUGAAGAGGAGACCAUUCUGAUCAUUCGCCGUCUGCACAAGGUGCUCCGCCCCUUCCUGCUGCGCCGCCUGAAGAAGGAAGUAGAAUCUCAACUUCCUGAGAAGGUGGAGUAUGUCAUCAAAUGUGACAUGUCGGCCAUCCAGAAGGUUCUGUAUCGGCACAUGCAAGGCAAGGGCAUCCUGCUGACCGAUGGCUCUGAGAAGGACAAGAAGGGCAAAGGAGGUGCGAAAACCUUGAUGAACACCAUUAUGCAGCUGAAGAAGAUCUGCAAUCAUCCUUACAUGUUCCAGCACAUAGAGGAAUCCUUCGCAGAGCACUUGGGCUUUGCGAAUGGCAUCAUUAGCGGUCCAGAGUUGUACCGUGCGUCUGGUAAGUUUGAGCUGCUAGACCGCAUCCUGCCCAAGCUGCAGGCCACCAACCACCGCGUGCUGCUCUUCUGCCAGAUGACCACCCUCAUGACCAUCAUGGAGGACUACUUUGGCUACCGCAACUUCAAGUACUUGCGCCUGGACGGGACCACCAAGUCAGAGGACCGUGCGGCACUGCUGAAGAAGUUCAACGAGCCGGGCUCGCAGUACUUCAUCUUCCUGCUGAGCACACGCGCCGGGGGGCUCGGCCUCAACCUGCAGGCCGCCGACACCGUAGUCAUCUUCGACAGCGACUGGAACCCCCACCAGGAUCUGCAGGCGCAGGACCGCGCUCACCGCAUCGGGCAGCAGAACGAGGUGCGCGUGCUGCGCCUCUGCACCGUCAACAGCGUGGAGGAGAAGAUCCUGGCCGCCGCCAAGUACAAGCUCAACGUGGACCAGAAGGUCAUCCAGGCCGGCAUGUUCGACCAGAAGUCGUCCAGCCACGAGCGCCGCGCCUUCCUUCAGGCCAUCCUGGAGCACGAGGAGCAGAACGAGAGCUCCAGUACCGUGGCGUCUCCGAGUCAGCUCCAGAACUCCGGAGCCUUCACAGAGACGCUGGAGGAAGAUGAGGUCCCAGAUGACGAGACCCUGAACCAGAUGAUCGCCAGGAUCGAGGACGAGUUUGAACUCUUCAUGCGCAUGGACCUUGACCGGAGGCGUGAGGACGCCCGCAACCCCAAGCGCAAGCCGCGGCUGAUGGAGGAGGACGAGCUGCCCAACUGGAUCCUGAAGGACGAUGCGGAGGUGGAGCGGCUCACCUGCGAGGAGGAGGAGGAGAAGAUGUUCGGCCGCGGCUCCCGCUCGCGCCGCGAUGUGGACUACAGCGACGCGCUGACCGAGAAGCAGUGGCUGAGGGCCAUCGAGGACGGGAAUCUGGAGGAGAUGGAGGAGGAGAUCCGGCUGAAGAAACGCAAGCGGCGGAGACACAGCGACAAGGAGGGGAGACGCGAGAGCGGCGAGAAGGCCAAGAAGAAACGGGGCCGACCGCCGGCCGAGAAGCUCUCGCCCAACCCCCCCAAACUCACCAAGCAGAUGUCCGCCAUCGUGGACACGGUCAUCAACUACAGGGACAGAACCCCCCGCCCUUAUCACUCUGGCAGACAGCUCAGUGAGGUCUUUGUGCAGCUGCCCUCACGCAAGGAGCUCCCCGAAUACUAUGAGCUGAUAAGAAAACCCGUGGACUUCAAGAAGAUCAAGGAGCGUGUGCGCAGUCACAAGUAUAGGAGCGUGAGUGACCUGGAGAAGGACGUCAUGCUGCUCUGUCACAACGCCCAGACCUUCAACUUGGAGGGCUCACAGAUCUAUGAGGACUCCAUCGUGCUCCAGUCUGUGUUCAAGAGCGCCAGGCAGAAGAUUGCGAAGGAGGAGGAGAGCGAAGACGACAGUGAUGACGAUGAGGAGGAGGAGGAGGAGGAGUCCGAAACUGAGUCCAAGUCAGUGAGGGUGAAGAUCAAGCUGAGCAAAAGAGAAGAACGCAGUCACGACAAAGGGAAGAAGAGGCAGAGCCGCAACAAGGCCAAGCCUGUGGUCAGCGAUGAGGACAGCGACGAUGACCCAGACGAUAAGGAGCAGUCGGAGGGUAGCAAGAGUGAGGACGAGUGAGGACGAGGACAGCUGAUGCCUGACCCCUUUGCUCCAGUCCCAACGUCAUCUGUUCAUCUUUUUUUUUUUUUUUUUUUCCUUCUCUUCUCUCACCUGGAGUGUCCAUUUAUUUCUCACCAUCAAGCUUGUUUUUUUGUUUUGUUUUGUUUCCCCCUCUCCUGCUUGAGUCGCAGGCUUGAAACCUAUGUGAACUUAACACGCACACCUCACGUCAGCAACUCCUGAGCUGUGCUGCGGGUGGCAAAAGGAGAUUGCUACCCACAGGGGCACAGGCUGAAAUCAGUCCCGUGCUCUUCAGGGCCUGGCAGAUACAUUUUAUUACUCAUACAGAACAUCUGUACAUAGUUCAGCUUUAUUAAAUAUUUACAAAAAUUACAACAACAAAAAAGCUACUGCAAAAAUAAGGGUUUUAUGUGUGGUUUGAUAAACAAAUGAAGAAAAAAAAAAACAAAAUGGUUCAUUUAUAAAUUAAAUAUAUAAAAAAGUUUUUUUGUAUUCUAGCAAUAUGUUACUGAGGCUUCAGCAAAAACAAAACUGUGUGGAAAGACUUUGGCACUUCACACAGAGUCCCCUCUCAGGCCCCUCAAAGAGAUGUUUAAUCACAAGAUUGUGCACCUGCAUUCAGUUUUAAUUUGGCACGCCACAGUCACAGCAUCUCAGCAUUCAGGGCGUCGGCAGCCGAAGGGCCAACAGCGCAGCGAUUCGGAUCACAUGCUGGAAAAUAAGACGAAACAGAUUUCUCUCCUUGUGUCUGAUAAGAUAUCAACAAAUACCCAUAUCUCAAUCACCCAACGCCUCACAGCUAUGGAUAUUUUUAUACUCGUGUUUUAAAGAAAAACAACAUUGUUUUUGUUGAAUGGCUGAUUUGUUUUUAAAUAGCUAUCCAUUAUUUGCCUUCAAAUGAACAUAAUUAGCAGUAUUCUUCAAGCUACGAUGGAAGCGUACAUGACGGGUUUCUGCUCUGUUGGUCUGAUCAUACCUAGCAGUGUAAGUGAGCACUUACUCUCCUGCCUCAGUGUUGUGCUGGAUCUUAUGCAGUAUUGUUGCCAACUGUGUGUCUGCUCUUAUAUGAUGCGUGUAUUUUGGAUGUGAGGCCCUUGCCUAUCAUCCCUCUGUACGUGAAAAUGGAUCCUUCCUUUGCUUUCUUUGCACAAUGUUGUCUUUGUGGUUGUAUCCCCAGGACCCAAAGCAAAUAAAUCUGUCUGAAAUUGA